GUCAACAGUGUUAACCUGAUAUUUGACAAGCAAACGCGUCGCCUUUGAUGACGUCAGCAGAGCGCUGCUCAGUUUAGCGCGAAUUUUAAAAACAAAAAUAUCCCGAGUACACUAGCUGGGCACAUCUGGAGUCAGAGUAAAGUAUUCCCCAACUAAGUCGGACCUGUUAACGGAGUGUUUGUUAAAGUUGAUCUAUUUUUUCUUUGUGCAGGUUUCGGUGUAAUAGACUGUGUAAGAAAGAGGCAAAUAGUGACGCAAUCAAACGGCACCGUGGUAACAUUAGCCAGCGCUAAUCGCAAGUUCGCAGGACACAAAAGUAGCCAAGUCUCGAAAAUAUAUCCUGUGUAGACAACUGCUUAUACAAAUGCCAGUGCGGUAUUAAUUCAGAUACCGUUAGUUUCUCUGGGUGGUUUUAAAAGUGUGUAAUUCAGGACAUUAUUGCAGAUACUAGCAGUUAGCCAACAAGCUAACAUGAGAGAAGUUGGUUACACUGUCUAACAGGAAACUAGCUGAACUGCAUGUUGAUAAUGGAGGAUAGCUCGUCUUGCUCUUCGAUGGUGACUGGUCCACCUCAAGCGUCUGUCCUCCAGAGGACGUUGGAGCGGUUAUCAUCCACACAGUGCCUGAAACUCAGAGCUGAGGAGGUGGCUCCCCUCGCUGUCAUCGCUCUUCAGAGGUACCUGUCCGAACAAAGUGAGGGGCAGCAGCCGGACAGCUACAGCUACGACGUGACGGUGACCGAUGGGGUCUGGAGAGCCAAAUGCUUCGUUCACCCUGAUUUAAACCACCUGGUGCACAAAAACACCCUGCGGACUGGGACUGACGUCUACAUCACGCAGUGCUCUUUUGUUUACAACGAGAGGAGGCUGGGACACGGUUACAUUUGCAUCGAGGGGCUGAGAUGUGAUGCACAAGGAUCCACUGUCCUGCCUCGUAUAAACGAUGUCAGCUCGCUGCCCAUGCUGAUCAGACACGGCAUGGAGAGGAGCCUGGUGCUGCAAAGUGAUGUUCCCCUUCAGGUGAACCGCAAACACUACCUGUCUCUGUGGAACAACGACGAUCCAGAGGGAGACAUCUGGACCUCAGGGUGCCCCCCCUCUCAGACAGUGCUGGACGUGUCCAAGAUUUCGCUUCUUUCUAGUCUGGACUUGUCCUCUAGAAACACAUGGAAACCUCUCCCUCUGCUGGUGAAAAUAAUACACAAAUCCCGAUUGAGAUAUUAUGGGAAGUUCGGGCUCAAGAUUGAUUACCCGUACCAGGCAUACUUUGAAGUAGCUGACCAGAGCGGGACAAUGUCCCUUGUGCUGUGGAACGAACUUUGUCCUAAGUUUUACCAGCGACUGAAUGUUGGCACUGUGUUGUACCUCCAAAAUUACAUGCUGAAGCAGAGUUAUUCAAGCCGAACACGCCCGCAAAUGGACCAUCACAGAAUGAAGACCUUUAGGUCUAUAGAAAUCUGCCUGAACCCUCGCAACCCGGCUUCAGUUAUCACUGUGGUCUCACCAAAAAGUGUUUCGCCUCAGUGGGGCUUGCCUGAGGUUUCCUACCAGUUUACCACCAGGUCUGAGGUGGAUAAACUAACCAACAAUUCUACCCGUGAUGUAAUUGGUUUGGUUACAUUUGUCAGCCGUGUUGAAAGAGUCAAGUGUAAAGUGAACAAGGGUCCAGAAAAAUACUGGACGUAUCGCUGGGUCCAUGCAGUGGAUGGUACAUCUGACCAACCCUUUAUUCUGGAGCUUUUUUCCUCUUCUCAAGCAGAAAUCUUCAGCCGUAUUUGUCCAAUGACCUAUCUGGUUUGCACUCAGAUGAGGGUUUGUCAGGUGGAAGGCUCAUUGCCGUACCUCACAAGCACAUGUGAGACCGAGAUGUUAAUUACAGGAUAUCAUAAAGGUCAGCCAUAUGUGAAUGACCCCAGAGUGAAGAGCUUCAUCCAGUGGACCAAGACUCUGAAGGACAACGUUGUCCUACAGAAGACUGCUGUUGGUGGCCAUUAUUGCUACCCUCAUCCCCCCCAGAUAUUUACACAGUCAAUGGCAGAUGCCUCAGCUCAAGUUCCACUGGUUUCUACGGGUGACUUGAAGAAGGAAUUGGAGACACUGCAUUAUAGAGAACAUAAGAAACUUGCAAUUCAAGGCCAGAUCACAGCAGUGCGGUACAUGAAAAACCCAAAGACCACUCAGUCACAACCACCAGAAGAGGUGUCCACUGAUGUGUGUGAACAGGCUGUACCUGACCCACACAAUCAUCCAUCAGCGGCUGAGGAGACUUCAGCGGACAGUUUAACAUCUUCCCCUUCUGACAAAAGCUCAGCAAGCAGCAGGAAAAGAAGAAUUCAAAUGCAUAAAGCCGCACAGUCCUCUCUGAGCCGUGGUGGCACUCCAACUAAAAGAAGACUUAGACAUAAAAACACUCAGGAAGAACAAGAGCAGGAGGAAGAUGAGAGCAACUCUGAAUUUGAAGAAGUUCAAAAUGUGGACCACAGCUUACAGUCACAUAAUCAAAAUCAAGACUCCAGUGUUUUAUGCUGGGAGAGCAGCAGCUGGCCGAAGCAACGAGAAGACGUGUCUGAACAUUUGUGUCAAGGUGGUGUGUACCAGGACAGCAUCUCUCGAAGGUUCACGUUUGACGAGAAGAAUGUUCUGCUGCGGUGGAGUAACCUGCAGCCAACACGGUGGACACCAGAGCAAACUGCUGACUCCAUCCCACCUGCACUUUGUCCAGGGUACUACCAAGUAACAAUACUAGGCAUUAACAAGAAGAUUGCCUUUGAUGCUGCGUAUCUUCCUGUAAUGAGGUCCGAUGAUCCCCGUGCAGUAGGCCUUCCUCAGGAUCCCCACGGCAACACGAUGCUGUCCUGCCUCUCCUCGGGUUUCCUCUGCCCUCUGAGAGACGCCGCUAGUCACAGUGAAGCACCUCUUCCAGAGCCAGAGGAGAUCUUGGUGACUGCCAGUGAGCUGGAGGACACGCAUGUUGUGUGCAUCGUGGAUCUUUGUCAUCUGGGUGGAGAUGAGGUCGAAAUACUGAUCAACAAGGUGUACAGAGUGACGGAGGUGUCUCUUGACUAAAAGCUACAUUAGAAUAAAAGAGUAUGUUGCAACUAUUA